UCAUAUAUAUCAAAAUUUAUAUAUUAUUUUCUACAAACUAUAUAUAUAUAUGCAUCUACUUAGAACUUUGGCAUCUUAUUAUCAGAGUAAUCAGUGUUAUCUUCAUAAUCACCAUGGAUUAAAUUUGACCUCCCGUCUCUCUUCAUCAAUUGUUCAGCAUCACGCACGCAGAUACUCAACUGAUCAACGGUCUGAUGUUCGCCAAAUGUCUUACACUGGAUCGAAAACAAGCGUGAUAAAAUGGACUUUAGGAUUAAUAAUGACAGUGGUGGUUCCUUUUUGGACUAACAAAUGGAACAAUUUGCUGAAAUUAGAAGAUGAAGUGAAGAUGACCACGGAGGUGGUAGAAAAGGUUGCAACCAUGGCCGAGAAGGCGUCGGCCGAAAUAGCAAACAAGUUACCGGAGAAUAGUAAGCUUAAGCAAACCAUUCUCUCAGUGGAAAAGAUCUCGGAGGAGAUGGCGGAGGAGGCUCAUCUUGCUCUUGAUGUCUUUCAUAAGGUGGAUGAAUUGAAGGAGGAAGUGAGCAUGUUUAUAGCUCCCGCUUUACAGCCAAAAAGUCAUGAAGACAAUAAAGGAAAAAUGCAAAACAAUUAGUAGCAUGGAUCUUCAAUAAUUGAUUAAUAAUCAAUAAAUUUCAUCUUUAUGCAUGAAACAAUGAAAAAGGGAAAGGAAAAGAAACAACAUUUUUUUUUUUUAACUUUCUACCUUUUCUCAUCAUCUUGUUCUCCAACAUUUCAUUUCACCUGGAAAAAUAUCAAAACAUUGUACAUAUGACCCCCUCAUAUAUAGUUUGAAAUCAUUAAUUAGUUAGCAUUUUAAA